UGACAAAAUCGCCGUGCGAAGUUUGAAAAAACUGCGCGCAGAACACCAAGCGUGGCCUGCCACAAAGCAGCGUGGUUAACAGUGACUUACAGGGACGGCUGACAUUGAGGCUCGGAAAGCCACACUCAUUCGAAGAUUUGCCCUAUUUCAGUCCUGUCAAAGGUUCAAGCAUCUGCGAGUAAAGUCUUCCUUGGCACAGAGUCACGUUGCCAAGAUUACUCUCAGAUUCUUACAUCGCCGUUCGGCAGCAACCCGCGCCCCCCGCCCUCCUCCAGCUCCCACUCCAGCUGCCAAGGAGCCGCGUACCACUGUUCAGCUCAGUGUUCCUCCUCAUCGCGGAAACACAAUGUUGUCUCUCAAGGGCGACUCCAACAGUCGCCUCGCCAAGAUCCUGACCGUCUGCUUCUGCCUGCUGACGCUCAUCGUCCUCUUCCGACUCGUGGGCGCCGUCCUCGUCCCGCAGGCCGGCAGUCACAAUCCGCUGCUCCCCGCCCAGUCUAGUUCCCUCGGCGCCGCAGACUCCAGCUCAGCGCUCGCGGGCGUCGACGCAAAGGUCUCCCAAGUGCUGCAACUCCUGCAGGCCAACCCUGCCCUGCCAGCUGGCGUGCAGUCGGGACUGCCAGCUGGCGCCGGGACCGAUGGCGCGGACAUGAUUGACCGGUACCUGACACUGCUGGCCACAACACUGACGGGCAUCGUUUACCGGAGGCCGGUGUUUGGCGCCUACGGAGGGACCGACGACGUGCCGCUCGAGAGGGUGCCAUUUAACGAGGCGGCAGCUGCCGAGGGCCUUGUGUGGCCCGACGUGGGCCAUACCAUGGUGGGGUUGAAGAGGCUGGCCAAUACCAGGUUGCUGUUAGAGACAGUUCUCAAGGAGGACAUUCCUGGAGAUUUCUUGGAGGCCGGAGUCUGGAGAGGAGGCUCGUGCAUCUUUGCUCGCGCUGUCUUGGACGUCUACAAGAGCAAGCGGCUGGUCCACGUAUGCGACAGCUUCGAAGGCCUUCCCGCAGCUUCGAGCGUGAAGGACAACGACUCCUGGAGUCGGGUGAAUUUUCUGCGGGUUGCCAAGGAGCAGGUCCAGGAGCAUUUCAAAUCGUACAACAUGCUCAACGAGCGCGUGCUUUUCCACAAGGGCUUCUUCCGCGACAGCCUCCCGACCGCCCCCGUCUCGCAGCUCGCGGUCAUCCGUGCGGACGGCGACAUGUACGAAAGCACGAUGGACAUCCUGUUCAACCUGUACGAAAAGCUGUCCGUGGGGGGGUACGUCGUGAUCGACGACUGGGGGAUCCCCGAGGCGCAGGAGGCCGUCUGGGAUUUCGCCAAGUGGCACGGCUUCACGGACGACGUCAAGAACCUGGUGCGUAUCGACCAAUCGGCGAUUUACUGGAAGAAGGUCAAGGAAACCAAGGUUCGGAUGGAGCUUUACCAGGACUUUAACUCAAUCAGAACACCCGGCAAGACUGCAGGAGCCCAGUGAAAAUUCAGUUACAAUCACUGAACUCGGGCGUUCAAUUCACGUCGCGUUGUGACGACCUCAGUGCUCUGGUGCCGCGGAAUUUUAAAUGUCGUGGCGUCAAAAUUGGCGACCGAAGUAGUGUCAUAGUGGCCAGUUGGUCGCCAUACCGGGCGCAAUGGGCACUCGGCAAGCAGAGGAGUAUGAGGCUACUAUACUCAGAGUGCGCCCGGGACUUCUCUGAUUAUUUCUGUCUUUGCGAUCGGGGUGUUUGACGAACGAUAUAUGAUACGCUGAAGCAGAUUUAGCACUAGGAAAGGGGCAAGGAAAGACCGAUUCACUUGGUCGCAGCACGCGAGCUUACUCAGCUCGCAAGUAUUGAAGUGAUUGGGUUCUAGAUACAACUUUGUUAGGGUGAAAGUAUUUGUCGACGUCCCUACUGACGCUGUACAGUCUGAAUAGUACUAUAGGAAUCUGUCGUCAGCAACCUGUCAUUCGUACCGUUCUUCGUGGCUGACUGCGUUUCACAAAGGAGCUAGCGGCCGUUUUGAAAUUCCAUGUUUCUAGAUAUCAUUG